GUGGUCUUUCAAUGACUGCAAUUCGUCCCCGUCAGUAUCGUCGGCUUCUAACAGAUUUGCAUUUUUAUUUUUCCCUCGUGCGUCUUUCGCUUAUCGUUCCGUAGGCCGGAGCUAAUAAAAUUGGUGAAGAAUGAGCGAACAGCCGCAGUGCAAGAAGAGCAAGAUGACGAGCUCGUUGGAUCAGCUAAAAACGCUUACCACAGUUGUCGCCGACACUGGCGAUUUCCAAGCUAUGGAAAAAUUUAAACCCACUGAUGCUACAACAAACCCGUCUCUAAUUCUCGCUGCUGCGACCGACAAGAAAUAUGCUCAUCUAAUUGACAAGGCUGUGCAGUAUGGAGCUAAAAUUGGAACAACACUGGCUGAACAAACUGAGGCGGCUAUUGAUAUGACAUGCGUCCUUUUCGGACAAGCAAUUCUGAAAAUUGUACCUGGACGAGUUUCUACUGAAGUUGACGCUAGACUUUCGUUUGAUAAGGAAGCUAGUAUUGAAAAAGCUAAGAAACUCAUUUCCUUGUACGAGGAAGCUGGGAUUAGUAAAGAACGUAUUCUUAUAAAGCUUGCAUCUACAUGGGAAGGCAUCCAGGCAGCUAAGGAACUCGAAACGAAGUACGGAAUUCACUGCAACUUGACUCUUCUGUUUUCAUUUGCUCAAGCCAUCGCAUGUGCUGAAGCCGGUGUGACUUUGAUCUCUCCAUUUGUGGGACGAAUUCUAGAUUGGUACGUCGCGAACACUAAUAACAAGUCAUACGAAGCCAAGGAGGACCCCGGAGUCAUUUCCGUAACCAAGAUUUACAACUAUUAUAAAAAGUAUGGGUAUAAAACCGUUGUGAUGGGCGCAUCCUUCAGAAAUGUUGGUGAAAUCAAAGAAUUGGCUGGUUGUGACUACCUGACAAUUAGCCCGAAGCUGUUGGACGAAUUGGAAAAAAGUACCGAACCGGUGAAGCAAGCCUUGAAUGUUGCUGCAGCUAAAAAAUCAGAUCUUGAAAAGAUAACUCUUGACGAAGCAAAGUUUAGAUGGUUAUUAAACGAGGAUCAGAUGGCAACUGAUAAACUCUCUGAUGGGAUCCGGAAAUUUGCCGUGGAUAUGUGUAAACUCGAAAAGCUUCUCCAGGAGAAAUUGCAAGCCUAAUUUCUUUCUGUAUAAAUCCUAUGAUGACGUAAUUCAUCAAUUGUUGUGUACAUAGAAACUGAAAAUUUUAACAUUUCCAACAGAAUAUUUUUUUUCUACACCUUGUUGGUGGCUGUGUACUCUGUCAUAGGUGAUUGUUUACGAAAAUAUUCACAAUAAAGAAAUCUUUAAACUUAAUAACUCUAA